AACCAACAUUUGGUAACUAGACUGGGGUUUUAACACAAUAUACACUGCCGUUGGUGACACCAUGCCAAAGCCACCGCAACUUCCACCAAAAUGAGGCCUGCUAAAGCCUUAACAACAAUCCCAAUAGCAUCAUUCUUCACCGGAACUACAAAACCAAGUCAAAGUUUCAAGCGGGUUCCUCCAUUUCAUCGUCAUAGUAUCCGAUUUUCGGUGCCCCUUUUCACGAGAUCAAAAUCUUUUACCACCCGUCGGUAUGCUCACAGUUCAGCUCCCGAAGUUGCAGCAGAAUUCAGUUCUGGGAUGCUUCCUGACUCACAAGGAAAGAUUGAAAAGCUAGAAGCAAGUGUAGAAAAGGUUAUAUAUGGUUGUCGUUUCUUUACUAUCCUUGCAGUAUGGGGAUCUUUGGUGGGAUCUUUUCUUUGUUUUAUCAAGGGUUGCAGUUAUGUUGUGGCCUCAUUCCAAGAAUACUUUGUCAACCGAGGGAAGGUGAUGUUUUCGCUGGUUGAAGCCCUUGAUGUAUAUCUACUAGGGACGGUGAUGUUGGUUUUUGGAAUGGGUCUCUAUGAACUCUUCAUCAGCAACCUUGACAAAGCAAAAUCAUUUGCAGAUGAAAGAGUUCCACACAGAUCAAAUUUUUUUGGCUUAUUUACUCUGAAGGAACGUCCACAAUGGUUGGAAAUUAAAUCUGUCAAUCAGCUGAAAACCAAACUUGGCCAUGUGAUUGUCAUGCUACUUCUUAUUGGUUUCUUUGACAAGACUAAGAAGGCUGCUAUAUUAUCGCCUCUUGAUUUGCUUUGCUUCUCAGCCUCUGUAUUUUUGUCAUCUGGCUGCCUGUAUCUGCUAUCAAAACUCAAUCACUUAGAAGAGUAAGCAUUUUGCAUAUUGCCAGUUGUCCCCUAGAACAUGCUGUUAGUAAGACCUUUUUGAAGCUUGUAUACUUAAGAAGCAGUUGUUCUUAUUUCGAUCUGCAAUCCAUAGUAACUGCUGGUCAUGCUGAUGCUCCAGAGCCUAUAAUUUCCUGUAAAUAUAUAUCUCAUGCUACAUAUACUUUCCACUCGUCUUAUGUCUCAGCUAAUGCUCCUAAAUCUGUUGCCA